AUGAUUGACUUGAAGGUAUAUAGUAAGUACAUUGAAAUAAAUAAAUAAAUAAAUACAAUAUACCGUAGAUGUUGUUACUAGGUAUUUACAUAAUAAGUACCUUGUACUUAUAAGAUCCUCAAUACUAACCUUUGGGACUUAAGAGGACUACUAUAUAAUUAAAUUUUGUUACUUUGUAUUUACUAAGUAAGUAUGUAGUACUUACUUGUUUGGUACCUAGUAAGUAUGUUUGGGACCAAAUAGUUACCAUGUAUUUACUUUUUGUUACUAGUUAUUGUCUAGUAAUUACUGGGCUGUAAAAUGAAGGGUUACCAAACAUACAGUGCAUUCGGAAAGUAUUCAGACCCCUUGACCUUUUCCACAUUUUGUUACUUUACAGCCUUAUUCUAAAAUGCAUUAAAAAAAUAAUAAUAAUCUCAUCAAUCUACACAGACCCCAUAAUGACAAAGCGAAAAAACUGAUUCUUCUAAAUUUUUCUUAAACUUACAGAAGGCAAAUCAUUUCUCUAAAACUAAAUAUAAGUGGUCGAAGGUUCACCUUCCAACAGGACAACAACCCUAAGCACACAGCCAAUACAACGCAGGAGUGGCUUCGGGAUGUCUCUGAAUGUUCUUGAGUGGCCCAGCCAGAGCCCGGACUUGAACCCAAUCGAGCAUCUCUGGAGAGACCUGAAAAUAGCUGUGCAGCGAUGCUCCCCAUCCAACCUGACAGAGCUUGAUAGGAUCUGCAGAGAGGAAUGGGAGAAACUCCCCAAAUACCGGUGUUCCAAGCUUGUAGCGUCAUACCCAAGAAGACUUGAGGCUUUAAUCGCUGCCAAAGGUGCUUCAACAAAAUAGAGUAAAGGGUCUGAAUACUUAUGUAAAUGUAAUAUGAGUUUUUAAUAUAAACUUGCAAAAAUGUGUUCCAACCUGUUUUUGCUUUGUCAUUAUGGGGUAUUGUGUGUAGAUUGAUGAGGGGGGAAAACAAUUUAAUCCAUUUUAGAAUAAGGCUGUAACGUAACAAAAUGUGGAAAAAGUCAAGGGGUCUGAGUACUUUCCAAUUGCACUGUAGGCCUGUGCAAGUUGCUUUUCGUAACAUCGGACUAAGUUGUCAUGACCUUCAAUUACCAUGGUCCCAAAAUGUCCCAAAAUGUCCCAAACACCCUUUCCCAAUAAUCUGUACUAUGUACAUAUCCUCUUAUCUGUCCUCCUUCGGUCCUUCCACUUUCUAUGAAUGAAGGGGGUUUGACACACCUCCAAUAUAAGAACAGGAGCUAGACUAAAAGGUCCAAUACAUAGUAUCGUUUCUGCUGCUCCCAAACAUGAUAUGUUGAUGAAGCUUAGGUGAUACAAUCAUAAAGUCUUCCACUAAUUCUAACCUCUUCCCUCUCGCUCUUCUCUCUCCAGCCCAGUUGGAGUUUGUGCAGAUCCUGGUGAUCGUGGUGGUGAUGAUGGUGAUGGUGGUGGUAAUCACCUGCCUGCUCAACCACUACCGCCUGUCUGCACGCUCCUUCAUCUCCAGGCACAGCCAGGCCCGCAGGCGCCACCUACCACUGGCCUCCGUAAGUACUCUACACUGACCAGGACGUAGACUUUACUUUAUAGCCUCCACACAGACCAGGGUGCAGAAUACUUUACAGCCUCCACACAGACCAGGGUGCAGAAUACUUUACAGCCUCCACACAGACCAGGGUGCAGAAUACUUUACAGCCUCCACCCAGACCAGGGUGCAGAAUACUUUACAGCCUCCACACAGACCAGGGUGCAGAAUACUUUACAGCCUCCACACAGACCAGGGUGCAGAAUACUUUACAGCCUCCACACAGACCAGGGUGCAGAAUACUUUACAGCCUCCACCCAGACCAGGGUGCAGAAUACUUUACAGCCUCCACACAGACCAGGGUGCAGAAUACUUUACAGCCUCCACCCAGACCAGGGUGCAGAAUACUUUACAGCCUCCACACAGACCAGGGUGCAGAAUACUUUACAGCCUCCACACAGACCAGGGUGCAGAAUACUUUACAGCCUCCACACAGACCAGGGUGCAGAAUACUUUACAGCCUCCACACAGACCAGGGUGCAGAAUACUUUACAGCCUCCACACAGACAAGGGUGUAGACUAUUUUACUGCCCCAAUAAGUGCCCCAAAUAAUUAUAUCUCACUGACCAGGGAAUAUCCUUUACUUGACAGCCGCCACACAGACCAGUAUGCAGCCUAGACCAGUGGUUCCCAAACUGUGGGUUGGGACCCACUUGUGGGUCGAGGCAGGGAUAGGGAUCCAGGUGGAUCGCAUUUUGGUGCAUUGCAAUUUUUUUCCCGGAUGGACAAAACACUUUCAGUGUAAACUUAAAGAUGUAGUAUGUAACUUUUUGGGCGACCUGACCAAAUUCACAUAGAAAUGUAUGUUAUAGAUCUGUCAUUCUCAUUGAAAGCCAAUCUAAGAAGCUGUAGAUCUGUUCUGUGUGCGAUAUUUCUAUGCUUCCCCUUAAGUUUUGUUUUUGCGUCUUUUACUUUUGGUUUU